GACAAUACAAGAGAGGAUUAUGGCAUUGAGCCAUUGAUAUAGAAAAGAUCAUCAUUGGCCGUCAAUUGGAAUUUAAUAAAUUGGAUAUUUAUCUUUCUGAUAUAUACGAGAGCUUAUUUUCUACUCCUCAUAUGUAUUUUAGAAGUGUAUUUUCAAAACAAAGUUUUUUUGCCUUUCGAAAGUAUGCUUCUGGACACAAGUGUACUUCUUUAAAAAUAUAGGGAGAUAAAAGUAAAUAAAACAAAAAAGUUUACAGAAAAAUAUAAAAUAAUUGAGUAUAUUUUGAAUCACGAUGAUUAUUUUUAUGGGAAAUGCUAACAUGUGCUCUCCAAGAACAAUUUGUUAAUUAUUCGAAUGUAGAAAUUUUAUCUGAAAUUUGUGUUUAUAAGUCUUUAAAAAUCAAAACAUUAUUUUUUUAAUAAAAUAUUUUUAGUUUUGAUAUUUUUAACAUGUGCCGUCAGACACAUGUUAGCAUCACCGUGUAUUUAUUCACUCAUUUCUACCUUUUUGUUGAUACGAAAACAUAAAAGCAAAAAUAUUUUGCUAAUGUCCAGUCAUAUCUAACAUAUUCCUAAUAAGAAAAUAAUUUUUUUUCCUAAGGGUUUUGUCCAACGACCAAUUAUCAAGCAAUUCUUCCAAACCAACCUAAGGCAAGUUUCCAAACACAAGAAUUUAUCAUUAUGAAAAUAUGGUCAAAGCAUAAGAUAGGAAGGGGAAUCUUUAAUGUGUCAAAGAGAGAAGAAGUUUAGAGCAACAACAAGAAACAACAAAAGGUGGAACUAAUUAACAUCCACCAGCCUGCCAAUACUAAUCUAACAAAUGCAAAUAUAAAUGGACCUCUUUCUUCUCUCUACAAAUUAAAAUCAUUCAUAUGUCUCUUAUGUUUGUAAUGUAGCUGCUAUUCAAGAUAUUCAUUCUCUCCUCAAUUGACUUCACAGCCGGCCUUAUCAUUCAUUUAGACCUCAUAAUUUGUCCCUUGAUAUAUAUAUAUAUAUACUCUCUCUGUCACGAAAUAUAAACAAAGAUGAGUUAAAAAAGGUAGAUGUAUUUGGUCUAAACUACGUCAAUUUUCUUUGAUUCAUUUUUGCCUAUAUUUUGAAACCGAGGUAGUGUGUAUAUAUAUAUUUGAACUUUGUAGAAUAUUAACUAUUCAGCCAUGGAUGAAGCUAAGAGAAUGGAAGAAGGCCACAAUUUAGCAUUGGAUGAUGAUGCUAAAGAUGAUUUGAAGAAGCAACAAACUAAUAUUGAGCAUGACAGAGACGUAAAGCUUGAUCAUGAGCAGCCUUCACAGGUUAAGCAAAAGACAAAAAGGGUUGCAACACUUGAUGCAUUUAGGGGCCUCACCAUAGUGUUGAUGAUAUUAGUGGAUGAUGCUGGUGGAGUUUAUCCACGCAUUGAUCACUCUCCAUGGAAUGGAUGUACUUUGGCAGAUUUUGUUAUGCCUUUCUUUCUUUUCAUUGUUGGAGUUGCAAUAGCCCUUGCAUUGAAGAGAAUCCCUAAGAUAAAGUAUGCUAUGAAGAAGAUAAUGCUUAGAACAUUGAAGCUUCUCUUCUGGGGUAUACUUUUGCAAGGUGGAUACUCUCAUGCACCUGAUGAACUCAUAUAUGGAGUCAACAUGAAAUUUAUCAGAUGGUGUGGCAUUCUUCAGAGAAUAGCACUUGUAUAUUGUAUUGUAGCUCUAAUAGAGACAUUUACCACCAAGCUUAGGCCUACUACCUUGAGUCCUCAACGCCUAGCCAUUUUCACUGCCUAUAAAUGGCAAUGGUUUGGAGGCUUUAUGGCAUUUCUCAUUUACAUGAUCACAACAUUCACUUUGUAUGUUCCUGAUUGGAGUUUUGUAGAUCAGGUUAAAGGCCACGGAUCAAAGAGAUAUACAGUGAUAUGUGGAAUGAGAGGACAUUUAGGUCCUGCAUGUAAUGCAGUUGGACAUGUUGAUAGACAAGUUUGGGGAAUUAAUCAUCUUUAUUCUCAACCUGUUUGGAGACGCUUAAAGGCAUGCACAUUUGAUUCUCCAGGUGAAGGUAAAUUACGUGAAGAUGCACCAAGUUGGUGUCUUGCUCCAUUUGAACCUGAGGGGUUAUUGAGUUCCAUAUCAGCUAUCCUAUCUGGCACCAUUGGCAUCCAUUAUGGGCAUGUCUUGAUUCAUUUCAAGGGUCAUUCAGAGAGACUAAAACAAUGGGUUUCAAUGGGAUUUGUGUUACUCAUAAUGGCAAUUAUCCUUCACUUUACAGAUGCUAUCCCAAUUAACAAACAACUCUACAGCUUCAGCUAUGUUUGUUUCACAGCUGGGGCAGCUGGAAUUGUCUUCUCUGCCUUCUACAUAUUGAUUGAUGUUUGGGGACUUCGUACUCCGUUCUUGUUCUUGGAAUGGAUAGGGAUGAAUGCUAUGUUAGUGUUUGUGAUGGCAGCUGAGGGCAUUUUUGCAGCAUUUGUAAAUGGAUGGUAUUAUGAAGAUCCAAAUAACUCACUAGUACAUUGGAUCAAGAAGCAUGUGUUUGUCAAUGUUUGGAACUCAGAGAGAGUUGGAACUCUCUUAUAUGUAAUCUUUGCAGAAAUUACUUUUUGGGGAAUGGUAGCUGGCUUGUUGCACAAGUUAAAAAUAUAUUGGAAACUCUAAGCUAUAACAAUCAUGUGUCACGUUAACAUUCAACUUUGAAAUCGUUUCCUCUCUAUUCUUUUUGCAAUUUGGUUCAUUGUAUAUUGAAUAUUAUUCAAUUUGCAUUUGUGAAAAGAAAGAAAACAACAAUGAAACUGAUUUUCUCUUUA